CUGCUCCGCUCCACGGGGCGUGGUAUGUUCCUCACCUUCGCUGUGUCCAAGGCUGCAGAGCAGAGCGGGAGCUGGCACCCAAGGCAAGCGGAGACCUUGUUCACAGUGUGGGAGGAUGUGGCUGUACCUGGCCGCCCUGCUGGGGCUGUACUUCCUGCGCCGAUGGUACCGGGAGCGGCAGACUGUGGAGAACCUCCGAGAGAAAUAUGUCCUGAUCACCGGCUGCGACUCCGGCUUCGGGAACCUGUUGGCCAAGCAGCUGGACGUGCGGGGCCUGCGGGUGCUGGCGGCUUGUCUCACCCAGCAGGGCGCGGAGCAGCUGAGGAAGGCGACGUCGCAGCGGCUGCAAACGGUGAUCCUGGACGUCACCCGGACCGACAGCAUCGCCGCGGCCACCGCCUGGGUGAAGGAACAAGUGGGGGACAAAGGGCUCUGGGGCCUGGUGAACAACGCGGGGCUCCUCCUCCCCCUGGCCCCCAAUGAGUGGCUGACCAAGGACGACUUCGUCAAGGUGCUGGACGUGAACCUGGUCGGCCUGAUCGAGGUGACCCUCAGCUUCCUGCCCCUGGUGAAGCGAGCCAGGGGCCGGGUCGUCAACGUGGCCAGUAUCCUGGGCCGGCUGGCCUUCUACGGAGGGGGCUACUGCCCUUCUAAGUACGGCGUGGAGGCGUUCUCCGACAGCCUCAGGCGCGAGCUCCGGCCCUUCGGCGUGAAGAUCGCCAUUGUGGAGCCGGGCUAUUUCCGCACUCCCAUGACGGAGACCCAGCGCAAUCUGGAGUGCCUGGAGCAGAGCUGGCACCGCGCCCGCCCCGAGAUCAAGGAGAGCUACGGGCAGCGCUACUUCGACAGCCACCACAAGCUCACCAGAGAGAUACUCUUGACAAAACCCAGCACCAACCUCUACCUGGUCACCGACUGCAUGGAGCACGCGCUGACGGCCCGUCACCCCCGCACCCGCUACUCCGGGGGCUGGGACGCCCAGUUCUUCUACAUCCCCCUCUCCUACCUGCCCACGGCCUUGGCGGACUGGGUGCUGACCUGGACUUGGCCCCGCCCAGCCCAGGCCGUGUAAGUGGGGGGAGGACAAACAGGAGGCACCUAAGGGGGCAUCGCAGGGGGCGGAAGAGGAAGAAGCUGGGAAAUCCAGCAGGGGCCCGUCUGCACCGGAGGGCGGGGGGGGGGCAUCUGCACUGGAAUCGGUGCCAACGCCCCCACCCCGCAUGGUGCAGACGAGCACAGCUCCCGGCAGCGCCUUCUUAACCGGGACUGGAGCCUUCUGUUGAAUGGUUAAGGGCCAGCUCACUUCCCAGGCGUGCGGCUGGGAGGCGCAGGCUCUCACCGGCUGGGGAAAGCAACCGGGGCCGCUACAGCCUUCAGCCCCAGCUGGCCGUUACCGUCGCGGGCAGCUCAGCCAACGCCCAGGCCAAGGCAGCGCGCAGCGCCCCCAGGGCCCGUUUCCUUGUGCUGCCUCCACCUGAUGGCUCUUGCCUUAGAUUGGAGGCUCCUUGGGGCAGGGCGUGUCUCUUGGUUUGGUGUUCGUACAGCGCCUAGCACCGGGUUGUGGGGGGGCUGGUCCCUGACUGAGCCCCCUGGUGGGGGGGGCAGUGGGGUGCUACCGUCAUACACCGAAUAAAGAAAUAUUUCCCAUUGAUUCACUC